AUGAAAAGCAACAGUUUACGAUUAGUAAUAGGAAAUAACCAUCCAUUUGUUCAUCUACGUCUAAUUAAGCAAAUAAAACUAUAUUCAAUUCAUUCAGUAGCAAUUAAUAAAUCCAUACCAUUAAGAGAUUAUGUGGAACAGAUAAACUCUACCAAAUUGUUGAAAACUAGUGGUUCAAACAUUGAUUUUUUUGAACCAAAAUAUUAUAAUAGCCAUAAUCAAUUAAAUGAAUUAAGUCCCUUUUUAAAUUUAGUCUGUAAUAGUUUAUCAAAGUGGUUAUAUGUCGAUUAUAGCAUCAAUCAUUACCCAUAUGAAGAUUUGAAUAUCAUUCAAGUCUUUACUAAUUACCAACAAACUUUUACUUUUAUUCAAUACUUGAUGGAUAAUUUUAAAGAACAAAUCCCUGAAGAUAUGUUUACUAGAAUAAAAUUCCAUCUAUUACCAUUAUAUCAUAAUGGUAUCAAUCAGUCUAAAUCUUUUCAAAGAAUGCUAAAUAAGAUGAAUGAAAGGUAUAGAGAUCACAUUCAACUUGUAAAUAAUAUUUCUGUUUUUAAUGAUCCAGAAAUUACGAACAAAAAAAAUAAAAGUAUGGGAGGAAUUUUAGAAGACCAUGCCUAUAUUAUUAUGUUGAAUGACAUUUUAAGAUAUUUACCUAAUGAACUUGUACGGUAUAAUUUUGAAAAAAAAAUAUGGGAACAAGGUAUGAUAAACCUAGAAAAUCAAUAUGUAUGGUUCAAUAAAAACAUUGAUGAUGAAUGUUCUAACACGAUAGAUUUUUUAAAUUUAAAUGGAUUUGGAUAUAGUGAUAAUAAACUACUUCGUAUCUUAAAAGGAUCUAAUAAAAAAUUGAAUUCCAACGUUUUCUUACCGAAAGGUACUAUUGAAUUAUUUAAAAAAAUUAUAAAACAUGUUCCAAGAAAUAAAUUCUUUUUAAUUGACACACCACAACGAUGGGAUCCAACUUUUUUUAAUAUUCUAAAAUACUUAUUAUUUGAUAGAAAUUCAAGAACAGCAGUUGGAAAUCUAUUGAAGUCUGCUGAUAAUAGCAAUGAAUCUAUCUCUAUUCUCAGACAAAUUAAACGAAAGAGAAUGCUUGAAUUUUUAUUAAAUUUCAAAGAGAUUCAAGAUAUCUAUAAUCAAAUAAUUAUAGACGAAGCUAACAUUAGUAACUACGAAAUAACUGAUAAUGAUAAUGUUGGUGAUAUUAAUACUUUAGAAUUUGAAGAUUUAUACGAUUUUAUUGUUGAUUGGAUCGACGACACGCAAUUAGAUAUGAAGGAUAAAAGUUUUAAAAACUUUAUAACUCGGAUUUUGGAGUGCUUCAUUCGUAACGCAUCUCCCCUUACUAUUGUAAUAAUAUUCCAUGUAGCACUUUAG